GGUAUUCCGAAUCUUCAAUGUUCAAUCAAAGCGCCGUGGACUCUGGACAUUGACUGGUGGGUCCACCUCUGUCCAAUCAACGUCGAGGUGAAGCCAACCCGGAACCUCGCGAAUUUCCAUCGUUCAAACUGCGAAGGACCUCGAGACGCUACCCUGGAACCAUCCUACACGACCACAACACACUCAUCGACACCUCGAUCGUGCUCAAUUGCACCGGCUCAUCAAGAUGUCUAUCACCGGCCAGCUUUACAGCGUUCUGUUCAAGAAGAACUACGCCAUGUUGGCGACCGUGUUCGGUGCCGGCUUCGCUUUCGAGAUGGGCUUCAACACUGGCAUGAACAAGCUCUGGGACUACCACAACCGCGGCCGCCAAUGGAAGGACAUCCGCCACAAGUACGUUGAGGCCGCUGAGGAAGAGGACGAAUAAAUAUCGACUGCCGCAGCAAUUUGCGCAUCGGGGGAGGAAGUGCAUUACUUGUAAGAAGGCAUAGAAAGGGGAUUCAAAUCAUAAACCUUCCUUUUGUCCACGAUCAAGAACGUGGCCCCUCGCGUGACGACACUCUUUCUCGCCGUGGCGUCCGGAAGCUCUCUACCUUAGAAAUCA